GCGGAGCUCGACCCGCGGCGACAGAGGUGUUCGGAACCCGACGGCGACCGGGUCCAAGCCGCGCUCCGUCGCCGCAGCGCGAUUUAAAAAAAAGAGAAGAAAAAAAACAAACAAACAAACCAAAAAACCAGCCAAAAACCAGAAAACCAGAAAACCAAAAAAACCGCUAAACGAUGUCGGCCGCCGCGUUUCCGCGUUCGCGCGACGUCUGACCCGCCCGCCCGCCGCCGCCGCCGAGGCGAUACCGGAGAUGGCGGACCCUUCCGUCGCCGCUCCCCCCGGCGACAAGGACCCCAGGGACAAAGGGCGCGCCUCGAGGGCCUCGUCGACCUCCAGUCUGGGACGGGAGGUGCGAUGCGGCUGCCAGUUCUACCGCAGCGAUUCCCUGCUGCCCGAGAGAAGGGCGCUGGUCGGACGUCCCGCGUCCAGGAACGCGGUGCGGACGCCCCCGCCCCCUACGGAACCCCCGACGCCCCCGACGUCCCUCAGCGAGAACGAGUACGAGCCCGUCGGGAUGCCCCGGCGGGCCCCGUCGGCCCCCGUCGUCCGCAUCCGCGAGACGGAGGAGGCGGCGCGCCUCGACGACAGCGACGAGGAGUUGGGGCCCAGGGGCGCGGAGCUGUUCAUCCUGGACGGCGACGUGGUGGUCCCGCUCGACGGGAGGAUCGAGGACAGCGUGAUGCAGGCGCGCGAACUGGGGGCUAACGGCGACACCUCCGAGGAACAGGAGACCGCGCAACAGCUCCAGGACCGACUCGAGGAGAGGUUCCUGGACGCCGCCACGCCGCGCACAGGAUCGCGAACGGACGCCGAGAUCAAUACCAGCCAGGUGGACUCGUCGGCACUGGAGGAACUUCCGCUGCGUCGCGGGGCCCGCGGGCUGCCGCAGAAGCUGCGGAAUCAGGCGGGAAAACUGCGCUCGCGGCUGAGGAGCAUCCAGCGUCCGAAGUUCUCGCUGGGCAGAGAACGUCAGAAGACGGAGAAGGUCAAGCAGCAAACGAAGCCGGAUAAAUCGACGACCGCUGCUACGAAUAUUACGACGACUACGACGACGACGACGACCAAGAAGAGCGAGAGGCCGCGUUUCUCGUUACCGGAACGUCCGAGGUUCAGUUUUCCGGACAGAGCGAAAUUCGCGAUGCCCGAGAGGCCCAGGUUGAACAUAAAACGACCGAAUCUAUCGCUGCCGUCGCUGGGUCGCGCCAAGAAACCCCUCAAGGAUCGCCAGAGCACCGGCGAAUCGAAUACCGGCUCUAAACGCAACAUAUUCGACGUGUCCACGUACCCGAGACUAUUCGACAAACGUUCGAAGUCGCGCGGCGAUUACGCGACCUCGUCGCCGAUAGCGUCGCGCGGCCAGUCGCCGGAAACCGCGACGGUUCCGCGCGUCAAGAAGAAGCCCCCCGUGGGUGCCGGUUGGGUGCAACGUUUCUCGGACAUCAGGUACGCCGACGACGAGCCCGAGGGAGCGGUGGAGCGCUCCAAACCCUGGAGGCGGCCGUCGCUCGAGGAGCCGCGGGUUUCCUCCCGCAGCGGCGGAAACGCCGAGUCCGCCGGCCGAAUACCGUGGGAGGAAUCCGACGAAACGUACGACGCCCGGUACCCGACGACGGAAUUCGAGGAAGCGGAUUCCCGCGAGGACGCGACCCACGCUGACGCGGAGGAAACCGAGCGGAACGAGGACUCCGAGGGGGCGACGCCGGAGGAAAGAAGGACGACCACCGGGGGGCCGCCGCCCCUCCCGGGGGAAGGCCCCGGGGCCCCGCCGCCCCCUCGCGCCCCGGAGGAGGACUCCUCGGAGGCGACGGGACUCCCGAGGGAAGAUUGGGCGCCGGGAUACGAGGCGGACGAGGUCGAGGUCCCCGAGGGAUACUCGGGGGACACGGGGGGCGACGAGGAGGAGGAGGCGGAGGAGGAGGAGCAGGGGGGGUACGGGGGUCGUUUCAUGCCGAUCGACCCGCCGUCGAAGACGUACGCCGCGCGGGUCGAGUCGAGCCUGGAUGAGGAGAUCAGCGGUAGGUCGGACCGCGAGCAGCAGUCGAGCGGUAGUUCGGGUGACAGGAGGCGGCGCGGCGUACUCGAGGAGAUCGACUCGGACGAGUUCUUCCUCAGGGCGAGGGGUAUAAGCGGCGACGACGUAAACGUGGGCAGAUUCAUCGCCACGGAGAUACGCGACGCCUUCCGAUCGACGGGUGCCAACGCUCUGGCCGACCUCCGCGCGGAUUUGGACGGCGCGCCGCCCGCCCGUCCCCUGCGCACGCGCUCCCUCAGGAAGCGCAGGGAGCGCGAGGCGCCCACCGGGCCCACCGGGCCCCCGGGGCCCCCCGGGGGCGGCCCGCCCCCCAGACCGAAGCGGGACAGGCGGCACAGCGGGGAGUCGGCCCGCGUCGACGAGGGCGACGGCCGGGGGGAACCCGGGAGGACGGGGAGCGUCUCCGGGUCGAGGCACCGCGUCAUCUACCAGACGGAGGGUGUCCCCGGGGGACCGGAGCCCCUCGACGACAUCGUGGUGGUUAAACCGGCCCGCAGGAAGUCCAGAUCGGUAGCCAGGAGCCGCAGCGAUUCCGGAUCGGCCGCGAUCGUUCCCCCGCCACCCGUGGCCCCGCGCAGGAGAAAGAGGGGACGCGUACGCGACCCCGGAGGUAACCCGGUUGACCUCGACGCCGCCCGGAGGACGCUAUGCAACGGUCACACCAGGCCGACGGAUUGGUCCGAAGGAGUUGAAUUUUCACCAGAGGUUCACGAUGACCUUGAGAACCAGAACCCGGAGGAUCGUUUGCAGAGCGUCGUCGCUCGUCUCGAGCACGAUUACAUCGAGCCCGCCCCGAUCGCCCCGAAGCGUAGAUCGAGGUCCAGAGGUACCUCCGUGGCGGACGACGACAGAACGUCGCGGGGUGCCGAGUCCCUGCCGGAGCUCGGUUACCCGGAGGAGGAGGAGGGGGAGGGGGAAGAGGAAGAGGAGGCGGGGGCGGGGGUCCCCGGGGACACGGAGUCCCUGCCGGGUUACGCGGUGGUGGAGAAGCGCGAGAAGCCCCCGAGGCCCCCGCCCCCCAGGAGACGCAGGGAGAAGUUCGGGGGGCCCGCGGUACCCGUGAGGCCCCGCCGCGCCUACAGCACCCUGGGACCCUCGAGGCGGCGGUCCGCCACCCCGGAGGAGGAGGACAAAAUGGCGGAACGGACGGACGUCACGCCGUACACGGAACUCGACUCGGACGAGCCCGACUCCCACGACGCCCAGGGCGGCGGCAAGGACCUCGACAAGAUCCAGGGGCGCCCCCUCCCCGCUCCCCCCCGGCCGCCGAGGGCCCGACGCGAGGCCGCCACCGACGGGGUGGCGGAAGUGGCGGAAGUCGCCGCGGCCACCCAGACGGACCCGCUGCCCGACGACGUGGUCCUCAUCGAGGAGGAGGUCACGAGCGCGAAGCUCGUCGUCGCACCCUCGAGGACGGGCUCGCAGAUACUGGUUUCUUCCGAGCGGAUCGCUACGCCCACCUUCGGGAGGAGUUCACCGGCGGUACCUCCGCUGCCGCGGUCCCUCCGACGGGACGGAGCGCCGACGAGCGGCCGGAUCCGAACGCCGGAAUACGAGAGCGACGAGGAGGAGGCGGGGAUGGAGGAAGGUCCUGCGGAUGGCGUCCCUCCGGCGAGCCUCGCGUCCGCUCUUCCUCUGGGGGAGGAGAGAUUGAGGAUCGCGAGUCUGGAGGUAGCGGAUCUAAGGGUGGAAAGACUGAACGUCAGCCAGCUGGAAGCCCACAAAAUAUCCGCCUCGGAAGUCGACGCCGUUAUGGUCUCGGCCUCGGAAAUAUCGAACAAUUCGAUCGCCGAGGAGACGGCGUCCAUCCAUCCCUCGCUACUGAAAGAGUUGAUAGCGAUAAGAAAUCAUCUGGAACAAGUCGCGUCGAGUCCACGGCUAAGGGAGCGAAGUCCCGAAAUCGAGCGUCGACGCUCGCCGGACAAAGGAGAGGGCGAACUCCUGUCGCCGGUCGAUCGGCUCAUAGCGGAACUCCGGCGGUCCGACGGGACGGGAGGGGAGGAAAGCGAACCUCCGGAGACCGGCGAUACCUUGACCUUGACCUCGCCAGAGUCGGAGGAUUCCGCUCGGCCGGAUGUCCGGACCGAGGACUCCGUCGAGGGGGAGACUCGAGCGGAGGUGAGGAGCGGAGAUGACGGCGGUAAGCCGUUGAUCGAAACGACGCGGUUUGCCGGCGACGUUCCUGCUGCGAAAGAAUCCGAACCGAUCGAAACGCGCGACGCGACGGUGGCGGAAAAAUCCGAAAUUCCCGACGCCGUUACGACGGCCUCGUCCGCGCACCGAGAAUCCCCCGUGCCACCGACAGAGCCCGGUCUCUCCGCUCCGGCCGGCCACCCGGCCCCGAAGACCGGCGGCAGCGAGUCCUUGGGCAAGGACGAGGACAAGGGGGACAAGCGAAAGCCUUCGAGAUCCAGGUCCUCCUCGCCGUCGAAGGAUGGAAAGAGGCCCGUCAGGCAGACCGCCUCGCCCGUGCGCUCGCUACCCCCUCUGAUAUCCGUGACGCCGGACAGGUCCGAUCCGGUUCCUUGUCCGGUGCCAGAGGUCCAGGUCCUGCCCCAGCGGGCCAUAGUGUCCUACGUACAGAAUGGGGAGGAGGAGGUGCUCCAGAGACCCACGGUCGGGGCCACGCGGUUCGUGGCAUUUCCAACGUCCCAGAUUCCAGCAGACUUCUUCUCCCUAGCAUCACCGUUGAGCAGCGGACUCGAGCCAGAACCGACCGUCGCUGAGAGUACGCAGCAGUUGAUGAGGGCAAUGAGGAUCGCUGGCACCAGAGCUAUGAGGCACUUCGUCGGUUACGUCUCUUCCAGAGUCAGCGUAGAGGAUCGCGGUGAAAAGACAAAAGAAAUUGAACUCGCUCUGUGCGCAUUGCUCCUAUUGAUAGCCGGACUGCUAAUCUUGUGCUUCGGAUCCCCACGCACCGUAACACAUCAUCAUCAUUGGGACUAUUUUAACCCUCCGCAGUGAUACGCAGCAGGGAGUAGAGAAAGCAAAGGAGCCAGCUCUGUCUAAACACGGGCGUAUAAAUAAUUAACUCUGUUUAUUUUAAAUAAUGAUAAGAGAGGACCGGUACAGCUCCGUACUAGUUUGAUUUACCUAGUUAGUUUUCGUAAUUAUUAUUAUAUCGUUGAUGGUUACGUUUUAAUAAAAUGUAAAUUAUUUACACUUCAAGGAAA